UUAUCACGACAAGCUGUCAUUCGCUUGAAUGCCUGACGUAUGUCGUGUAGGCCGAUGUAAGCUUGAAUUGAUAUUCCUGGCAAAAUUACCAUUUGGUCUACAGAUACAAGAGCAAAAUAUACAGUGUGAUGUACGAGUUUUAUGAAGGUGACAUGCAUACAUGUAUGUGAUACUGCAAGGAUCAUGCACGUAAAAACGAAUGAUACUGGUAUCGAUCAAUAGUGUGGAAUUGUGGGAUAUCCGAUGCUAAAAUGGCGCGAAGUUCGGCUUCUGUACACGUUCAGUGCAUUCUACUGUUCUUCGGUAUGAGCAAUCAGUUAUCACAGUGUAUGCUGGUAUAAAAUCCCAAAUCUGAACAAAGUGCGUAUACUACGUCCAACUAUCCAGCUCCGAUCUACCAAAUCGUGUAUUCAGAGCUGACUGUGGCAGAAGAGAAGUAAACUAAGAGUCACUUGAAGCAACAUGAAGUGAAAUAAAGCUGUUAAAGGCGAUCAGAUACACACCUGAUAUUCUCCUUGCAUUUUUGCUCUGUUGACGUACAUUCUUACCUCACAUGUCAGAGAAUGUUGGAUGAUCUCGUCAAAGGUCUCUUCGGUUAUCUGCUGUGCGAGUUUCAACCGAGCUCUGCUACCGACUAAUGACCUGCAGCAUUGGCGUCACUUUUAUUCAAGGACCAAUGAUGCAGCAGCCGAUCUAUGACGUCAUCAUUAUUGGUGCGGGCCUGUUCGGCUCCUCAGCAGCUCGCCAUGUUUCGAGACUCGCGGGGAAGAAGAGAAUUCUGUUGAUUGGCCCAAGUGAACCCAAGGACAGGGAUGCAUCUGAUAUAUUCUCCGCCCACUAUGACGAGGGAAGGAUUACGCGGCUUAUGGAACGGACACCUCUGUCGACGAAACUGAUCAGCACGGCCCAGCAGUACCUGGCUUUAGAGAGGCAAGCAGGCGUCCAGUUCUUCACUGAAGCUGAAUACAUACGGGUUCAACCAGAAGGGGACAGUGAGCUCGCAGACCGGAGGAGCGUGGCGAAAGAACUCAACGUAACAAUGGAAGAGCUAAACAUGUCGGAAGCACGAAGAAGAUUUCCCCAAAUAGACUUUAAGCCUGGAGACAUUACUUUGGCAGUCACAAAAGACUGUGGGUAUAUAAACCCGAGAAAAUUCAUACAAGCUCAGCAAAUAGUAGCAAAACAAAAUGGCUGCGUCAUCGUUGAUGAUAUCGUGAAUUCGGUUAAGCCAUCUAUUAGGGGUGACCUUCAACAGGUCAUCACAGCUCAAGGUCGUUUGUAUUUUGGUAGACGGGUAUUGCUGGCCACUGGUGCGUUCACUGAGUGUAGGAGUCUGCUGCCAGUGAAUUUAUUGCCAAAAGUAUUUAAUUCAAAACAAAGCUAUGUACUGAUAGAGAUCUCGGAAGAUGAUUACACCAAGUCAUUCACGACGAUGCCAAAUAUUGGAAUAUACCGUAACUACCAAGGCACUGAUUCCUACUUCUACAUUAUGCGCCCUAUACGAUACCCAGACGGCAAACUCUACUUCAAGAUCGGUCACGGUGAGGAGGCACCUUCCGAAGCAUCAAGCCCGCAGGAGAUACGGGAUUGGUUCAAGUGUAGGGGGAGCCCCGAGAUGGCCGGGCAUUUAAUCAAAGGUUUCCAUGACAUACUGCCAGGUGUAUCAGCUUUAAGCUAUGCGGUAGACAGCUGCGUGACCACAAAAACAACAACAAGCUAUCCCUACAUCGACAUGGUCCAGUCGAAUGUGGGAGUGGCUUUAGGUGGGUGUGGGCAGGGUGCAAAGAUUUCGGACACGGUGGGCCUUAUAGCGGCAAGAAUGAUAUUGAAAGGAGCAUGGGACCAUGAUUUUCCACACGAACCAUUUCAGUGUAGGACAAAAACGGUUGGAAAGAGAGUUAUAUCUAAAUUAUAGAGGUCGCUACUUACAAAUGGACUAAGCUCUGAUGUACCAGACUCCAAUGGGAGGUACUUUAUGAUUAUAGUAUGCUAAAUUGUCAUUUAUUCUGAGUGAAAAACAAAGUAUUUGGCAUGUUUUUUUGGGAAAAUGGAAUUGGACUGUCAAGCCGGGGUAACAUCAUCCUCUUGCAAACAGGGCCUACAACGCAUGAGGGAGUAAGUAUCUAUCGAGUGAAAUGGCCUGAUAUUGUCAGGAUGGGGUAACAAUCUGUGGUUCCUCAUAUUUCCGUGUUUCCAUACAACAGGCAACUAGGGAGAGACUAUUUAUUUUCAGUAGGUUACGUAGAAAGAGAAAAGCCAUGUCAUUCAAUAUUUCAGCAUUCCAAAAAGGUGAGGAAAAGACUCAAAAACGGAAACAAUGAAAUAUGCUAC